UUGAUGCAGCUGGCUUUUUCUCCCCUGCCAGAAUGAAUACAGUGGCGCCUUUCCACUCCUGGGAGCUGGGGAGGCGUGGCUUAUUGAAGGGCCACAGUAUAAGGAAGAAAAUAAAAUCCUAUCAUUAUUAGGAACACUGGAAUUUUUAGACCCAGGAGGAGAUUUUAGGGUUUGUUUAUUCUUCCCUAUGUUUGGCAGUGUUCACUCCUCUGGACCUUAAAACAGGGCUGGUCCCUUUUAGUCCCGGCUGUCCUGUGCAGGCAGGAUGCUCUCGUGUCCAAGGUACAAGUGCUGCAUGGAGGCAUAUGUGCUAAACUUGCUGCCUUCUUCAUCUACAUACGGAAUAUCUAGAUCAUAGGCCCCAGACACUCUUGAAAGCUUCUCUUCUCGUGGUCUAAGCUACCUGGCGCUGUCUUUCGCAGUAUUUCCUGCCUGCAGUGAGCCACUGCUGCAGUCAGUAGCUGAAAGGGGUAUCUGAGCAGAGGCUUGGCAGGGAGCUGUUAAUCAGAGGGUGUGUGAGGACAUGAAAUGUGAGCAACGGUGACAGGUACUACAAGCUUGAGGUGAGCAGGUGUCUGUCGGUGUCUUCAGGGCCUGUGAACGGCAGCCUCAGGCAUGGGCAGGAACUUGAAUUUUCCUCUAAGCCGAGGCAGCGAUUCCUUGAGCAGCCUGCAGUGUAUGUUCCUUUAUCUGGCGUUUUGUUUAUAGGCUCUCCCGAGGUGCCAGCUACUUAGAUGUGGAGUUUCACAAACUUUUGUUAAUCACGUUGAAGUAGCAAACUGCAGCAGUUACAUACGCUGUCUCUCACCCAGAACAGCUCAGCUGCUCAGGGGCUGUUUUCACCACAUCCUUCUGGGUAAAGCCAUGGCCUAGAGCUGGGGGUGACGGAAAACCAUCACUGUGUUAGUUGACAAAGGAGCCUGGUCGGUAUUUGAAACCUUUGGGCAGUGGAGCACUCUUUCAAAUUAUUUGAGGUUAUCAAGGGUUUCUUGAGCUCUUUUUGCCUCUCUGUCCCCCCAGGAUAAAAGGGGAAAGGCUUAGGUAGUGUGGAAACCUUCCCUUAGUCAAUGGAAUCAACUGUACCAUCUCCUGCUGAGGGGAUAUCCACCUACAAAACUCCAGCUACAAACAGAGAAUCUGCCUCCGCUCUGAGGUGGAUCAUGUGGGGCUUUGGCUCUGGCCUGAGGAAGAGCUGCCUGAAGUGCAUUGGCGACUGAUUGUCAUGACAUGGGUGCCUUCUGACAAGGGACAUGGUCACUGUAGCUCUGCCUCUCGCUGCCAAGGGCUGUGGUCUUCAGACACCAGACUCCUCUUCUGAGCCAGCUCACAGCCAACACGCUCCUCAAGGGCAUUGUGUAAUGUAUUUUGCUCGUAAUGAGUGUAGAGGAAACACAUUUCCUCAUCUGCUGCUCACAGUAAUUUAGCCACCCCAGCAGCAGAAUGGGGAGUGCAGAGAGCUACGUUUAGAUCUCAUGCUUCACCUCUCCCCACUUACCGAGAGGACUAAACUCUCCCUUUGCAGUUCUUGAGCAUCAAAAGAUUAUUGGAAGGAAAGGGGCUUCUUGGCAGUUGCCAUCUGUCCAAUAUGGGCGUCAGUUGUGCCGUGUUAUGGAACAGGUUCUGUUUGCUAUGAUGAGAUCAGAUCAGUUCUUGUAACCGAGCUUUUUCAAUCCUUUCAGCCAAUAAAUAUGAACUGCAUCCUUUUCCCUCCCACUGCACCAGAAAGUGUUGGAAAAUGUCUUAAACUAAGAAAGCAAGUCUUCAAAGAAAUGAUUUAUCAAGUGGUCAGCUUAACAAAAGAGGUAUUUCAAGCAAUAAUGAACUUAAAGAAGUCUAUGUUACCCAUCAAAGGUGGAAUAAACGUGAGGAGCAGUAAGUCACUGCAGUUCUUUCCACUUCUUGUCGUUCAUUCUCAGGCCACACAGUGGCAGAAGAUGCAAGGAAUUACUACAAAGAAGUCACUGCUAAGUCCCAUCCAGGCGUGGCUUUAGGGCUAACAGUGAUGAUGGCUCUGUUUCUUCUGCUGUGCUGAUUCCAUUUCUUUAGAGAAGCCCAGGAGCUGUUGUUCACGAGCCUGUGUGGCUGUGAACGGAUUUAAGUAGCUGCAAGCAGUUAGUGUCCAGUGUGCCAGAGAAGGCUAGAGAGGGGAACAGGGGGAUGCAUGGGGGAAAGUGGAGGUGACUUGAAGGCGGCAGGUGUCAUGAAUGAGUUUUUUUAGACAAAACUUGUGUUUAAAUAAAAGAAGCAUCACUUAAUAGCUUUCAAUUAUAAGGUCACACUGUUGCUUAAUGCAAGGAGGAAAUAGCUGAAGAGAAAUUUGGUUACGUGUGCUUAUGGCCAAAGGGUUUGAUUUGAGAUCCCUUCCAACCCAAACCUACGAUUUUAUGAUUUAAAAGGGUCCUUAACUGGUGACAGACAGGGAUUGCUUCUUUUCUCAAAGCCUCACAGGCCCCUAUACCUGCAGACUCCUCUGAGUUUUGUAAGGUUUUCCCUUUGUUUCAUUAAAUCUAUUGAAGUUAUGAAGAAGGGCCUGGGUGAUGAUUUGCUUCUCUCUCUCAUCUCAUCCAUUGAGCCUCUUUACAUUCCCAAGGCUGGAAGUGCUCCAGCAAAACAGCUAAUGAACAGUAAUGAGCUGGAAAUGGGCGCUUCCAAUGAGCAGCAGCAACAUGUAGCAACAAAGACGUUCUUUCCCUGGCUAAGGACUACAGAGAUCUUCGAAGUCCAAAUGGGAAAAAGUGAGGAGAAAGGAGACCCUGGGAACAAGGAGCAGACACCGACUGUUUGGAGCACAGGAGAGCAAGGACUCGCCUGUCCCUGCCCAGAGCUGUCAAAAGCAGCUCUGUCGCACUGUAGAUCCUUUUAAGCAUUAGGUGAAGUUCGAAUUAGAUGAUCUUUAAGGUCCCUUCCAGCUCAAACCAUGCUAUGAUUUUAUGAUUCAUUCUAUGAUUCUGUGCUGCACCAUCUGCUCCAUCGUGAUGCUGGUCGGUGAGUGUGGGAGGGGGCAGGCAAAAAGCACCUUGAUGGGUUGUAAAAGCUGGGGCUGGGAUAAUACUGAGCUAAAAAGCUAAGUGGAAGCAACUGGUGGUGACCAUAAACACUCUUCUGAACUGUAAAAGGCUGGAAAUUUGGGACAGAGGAGAAGCACCACAAUAUGGUUCAUAAAAUCACUGUCAAGCAUCUGCCAAAGCUACUCCCAGAGAGAGCAGCGGUGCAGGCAGACCCAGCAGAGCCGUUUGCUGCUGCUGUGUAUGUGCUGUGUCAUUUGUCACUGGUAACCUCUGGACAGCCAAUGAAGAGUGAUUUAGGUUGGGCAUUAGGAAAAGGUUUUUCCACUAGAGGGUGGUGGAGCCCUGGAACAGCUCCCAGGGAAGCAGUCACAGCACUGAGCCUGACAAUAUUCCAGCAGCAUUUGGCCAAGGCCCUCAGCCCCACAGUGUGAACGUUGGGGUUGUCUUGUGCAGGGCCAGGAGUUGUACUUGAUGGUUCUUGUGGGUCCCUUCCAACUCAGGACGCUCUGUAAUGGCAAUAUGGCUGUAACUUUAGAUCUCCUCUGCUUCUAUUCAUGUGAUGAUCAAAUACAUAUGAAAAGGCUUAAAUGUUUUAGAGGUGGAAGUCACAAAUUUAACUCUAAGAGGGUGUUUGCAACAGCUGGCUCAACUCCUGGCUGUGCCCAUUCCUGGGAGGGGAGAAAAGCUCUCUCUCGGGCUGCCUGCCUGGUGUUUCUCAGCCUUGGAGAGGCAGAGCUUUUCACUGCUGGCUUCCCCAGGCCCUGCUCAGGAGAAGCUUCCCUCUGCACAGCCUGGAGCCUCCUCUCAUCUCUGCCUGCAGCCUCUAGGUUUGAACCUCCGGCUGGCAACUCUGCAAACACUUUUCGCUGUGUGAGCACCAGCAGUGAGCAGGGCAAGGAAGCAGAAGACCUUGGGUCCUGCCCAGCUCCUGCUGCCAGUGCUGGUUCCAGCACUCAAGCUGUGGUUGGUGGGGACAGGAAGAAAGCCUGGGCUUGCAUGCUCACAAGUAAACCCUGCAGCCCACAGAGUACUGAAGAAAAGCCACUGACUUCCUCUGCUGCCGAGGCGACACCUUGGAGAUGCUGGCUGGGUGCUGUGAUGCAGAGCCUGGUGGGUUCAAGGCCACGCUGCAGAUGUGGUGAUCAGCUGGCCACUGCUCCUACCACAGCUCCUCUGCUGAGGACAGAGGAGAUGUCCUCCAGCUGGCACUACUGGAGUCUCAGCUCCUUCCUGCUGCUCCUCGGGAGAAACUUGGGUGCUCUCAUCGAAAUCCAUCAGGACUCGGUCAAUGGCACUGUGGGUCAGCCCAUGCUCCUGCCCGUCUCCUACAGAUUUGAUGGUGCCAUUCUCUUCCCAGUGUCGAUUUCCUGGACAUUCAGUAACAGCUCAAACACAGUCAUCGCCUGUGCAUUGCAGAAUUGCUCCUUGGAUGCCAGGGGAGCUCCCAGCAACUGCUCUGCAGAAUUCUUCCCACAGAAAACCUACCGUGACCGUGCUGCUCUCUUCCCCCUGAACGGGUCUCUGCUGCUCUGGGAUCUACGUCUGAGCGAUGGUGGGGUUUACGCUGUCACCUUCAGAGUGACAUACCAAAGUGGGAAUGGCAUCUCUAGACAGCUACACUCAACCAGGCACAGCACCUUCAGAGAGUCAUGCCAUACCAGGAACAUCACCCUCACUGUGCACGAGCAGCGUUUCACCUCCGAGCAUCCAGCUCAACAGCAGAAGAGAAAAAUCACCGAACAACAGCAGGUACAGGGGAAAAUCUGAAAGCUCUUGGGCACAGGCAGCUGGGUAACUGCACGCUGCUGGCUUGAUGGACUGAGCUGCAAGAGUCAAUGCUGGAGAUAAAACUAGGAAGUGCAAAGAACCAGCCCUUGCCCCCGUUGCACAAUUCCCCUCCACAUCCCUCCCUGCCAGACCCCAAAUGAACCUGAACCAAACCAUCGUGGAUGGGCAGCCUUGGGACAGCUCUGGCCAGCAGCAGCGAGGACAAUGCCAAGUGGUUAAAUGCGGAGAGAUGUGCAGCUCUUCAUCCCUCCCUGCUUCCCAGGCUCCGGGAUUUACGUUUCAAGCACUUACUUCUUCAGGGAUCGGUGGGGCUAACCUCGGGGCUCUUCUCACAGAGUUUUAUCUGUGAGAAAUGACUAAAUGGGAGAGAGAGAGGCAAAGAAACCUAAGGAGACAUGAGACCAAGAUAGCUCAAGCCAUUUCUCUGCCCACCAUGUAGCGCUGGUGAAGGUGACUGGGUGGGGUGGCAGGUGUCCUAGAAACGAUGGAGAACUCCAGAGACCACAUCCUGCAGAUCCCACUAGCCUGGGGUUGUUGCCACUUAAAGAGAAUAAAGAGGGGAUUUGGGAUUUUGGGUUUUUUUCUGGUGUGGAUAGCCAAGGUGGAGCGUAGGUUCCUGUCAUGGUUUAGCCCCAGCCUGGUCCAGUUUGGCAGCUAAAUCUGACCAGCUGGGCUCCCAAUUCCCUUCCCCAACACCUCAGGGAAAAGGAAAUAAGAGCAAAAAACUUGUGGGUUGGAAACCAAAAUUAAAACAGAUAAAUGAAAUAGUAAUAUUACCACUAUUAAUAAGAAAAUAAUGAAAUAUAUACAAAUAUAUGAAAUUUCACCCCCACCACUCGAUGACAGUGUAACCAGCAGCAGGCACAGGGAAGGGUCCAGGCUAGGAGGGAGCUGGGCUCAGGAAUGGGAUUCAGCAACACACGGAUCCAGGAUCAGGGCAAACAGACAGACGAGGUCCUCAGUGGACAUCGGCUGUUGACGAAGAGAGUGAGACCCCUGUGAUCCCUCAGUUUUAUCUCCAGAAUAAUUUACAUGGGGUGGAGUCCUCUGUUGUCAGGUUGGGGUCACCUCUCCUGUCACCCCUCCCUGCAGGUGCUGCCCUUCACCCCUUUCCCUCCCGGCUCCCCCACCCCCAGGAUGGCCUUGGUUUCUCUAGGAAUAAGGGUAAGCCAAGGCCUCUCUGCAUCCCCGUGCCCCGAGUUACCUCUUCUAGAGAGAAACAGCAUCCGAAACACAUGCAGUUCCCUUUCAGAGAAUGAAGUUACUCAGAUGAGGCUGAGCUGGAGUGGGAAACUGAUUCUGCUUCAGCUCAACCAAGAACAGUUCCCACCCUGUGCUCCCUGGUCUGAGAAACUGGAAACCACGACAAAACUCCAACAAAGGUUUUCACCCCUCUUGUCAUAAGUCCAUCGAGCUUCCAUCUGCUCUCCAGGGUGUGUGUUUUGUCUGAGAGGUCCUUAGGCAAAGUCAGUGCCACCCCUGGUGUGCCUGAUGGGCUGAGCCAGCUUGGCAUCCCUGGGGUAUGGAGGUGGGGCCAAUGUUCCCCCACUGCUAUCGUGGAUAAAGCCAUUUGGGCUUUUUGUAGCUCCUGUCUCUGCCAACUCCUCAUUGCAUGCAGUCAGUAGCUCUGGACCCCUUCUGAUCCCAGCACAGCCUCUGAAGGCUCCCAUUUUCAGCAUUUGCUCUGUUCUUCUCUAGGUCUCGGGUAUGGAGAAGGCCCACAUGGAAAGCACUGGGGGGGCUGUCGUAACCAUUUAUGCCACAAUUGGAAACAGCUUUGAACAACCACCGCCAAGACCAACACCAGAGGUGGUGUACACGUCCAUAACUUCUCUUGAUCCACCAGGACUGAACACCAGACCCUACCAUCUCCUGGUUUGACUGUGGGAGUUGCCUCAAGCAGGAGCUUUGCAGAAGGAGGUGCUCCAGCCCUCACAUCAUCUCCAUGGCCUCCUCUGGACUCACUUCAACAGCUCCAUGUCCUUCGUAUGCUGAGGACUCCAGAACUUAACACAGGCUCCAGAUGCUGAUGUGCCGUCCCGUGGAGCUGCUGGGGACCAGCUGGAUGCUCCUUGCAGGGCUGCUGGUGUCUUUGCAAGAGGCUGUAGGAGCGCCAGGAGUCCUCAGGAGAAAAGUCACUGCUGUGGGAUCCUCAGUGCUGCUUCCUGGGCCGGAUAACAUCACGCACAUCGACUCCACACGAUGGGAGUUCCUCAAUGGCACCAGCUCCAACACCAUCCUGCAGUACUACAGGGGGUCUCACAAGCAAGCCAUCCACGCGCCCUACACAGGACGAGCCAUAUUCCAUCCAUCUAAUGGAUCUCUCUUGCUGGAGGAUGUCCAGGAAAGCGACAGUGGCAUCUACAAAGUGACUGUCAACGUGCAAAACAGUGAGAGCCUGAAAAUCCUGCUGGAAGUCCUCAAGCCUGUGUCUCACCCUCGGCUCUGGAGCAGUGUCCUCGUGGCCCGGGGCACUGGCGAGGUGCUCUGUGAGGUGGCAGAAGGCAGAGUGGACACCUUCACCUGGAAGAAGAAUGGGCAGCCCCUUCCUCCAGACAGACGCAUUCACACCUCUGAUGGCCUCAGCAUCUUGUACCUGAGAUCAGUGAAGAAAUCAGACUGCGGUUCCUAUUCCUGCAAUGCUAGCAAUGGGAUAAGCUGGCAGGAAACCUCCUUGAACGUCACUGUCGCAGGUCUCUCCCUUCCCUUGCAGGACAUGCUGAGGGUUGCAGUGGUCGCUGUGGUGUUUGCUGCCGUCUCAGGAUGGGGAUUAAUUUUUCCUGUCUGCCAGUCUGAAAAGCUAAGAAUAAGAGGGGAGCUAUGGAGGUGGCUCAGUGCCUACACCUGCGGGCUGGUGUGCAUUGCCUCCAUCCUGGCAGGCACCGCAGGGAUCCUCUGGAUGCGAGAGGAAGGCCCUUCUAUUGCAAUGAUACUGCCAGAGAUCGCCCUUACGUACGCAAUCGUGGUAAACUUCCUGGUCUCGGCCACUGUGACCUUCCAGCCAACAAAGUUCAUCCAACUGAAAAGCAAAACAGCGCAGCGCACUCUGGGCUACGCUGCUCCCGGAGGAGUGGUUGCAGUGGUGCUGACGACCAGUUUCCUCGUCAAGAACAUCCACAAUCGCCAUGGAGAAGGAUGCACGGAGUUUGUAGAGGUGACUGUCCUUGCCGUCAGCACAGCGGCCGUGUCAGUGCUUCCGCUCCUUGCUAUCUACCUCUGCUAUCACACAACUCAGGGAUGGCUGAAGGAAUGUGAAUCCACGUGGGCGGACAAGGAGAGGUCCUUCGAAAUGUCUCAGCUCCGCAGCAAGGAUGCUGUUUCCACUCAUUAGAGGAUGGUUGGGGUGAUUCUCAUUUGGCUGAGUCAACCCAAACUUAACGGGUUCAGGGCUCUCGGUUUCAGUUGGUUUGAUCCUCUGCAACACCUGUAAUA